ACUUGGGUGAUGAUGAGGACUGCUGCAAUUGUUUUGCUGUUACUGGCUGUUGAUGUCAGCAGAGCUGAUGAUGAUAAGAUCAUUGGUGGGUAUGAGUGCCCAAUGCACUCACAGCCCUGGCAGAUCUAUCUAACAUAUGAUGAUGGUGUGCGCUGGUGUGGUGCAUCUCUAAUCAACAGCAGAUGGGCUGUGUCUGCUGCUCACUGUUAUGUCUCGGCCAAUCGUCUUGCUCUUCAUCUGGGAGAGCACAACAUAUUCAGCGAUGAGGGCACAGAGCAGAGGAUUUGGGCAGAGAAAGUAAUCCCUCACCCCAACUAUAAUUCAGUCACAUAUGACAACGACUUCAUGCUGAUCAAAUUGAGUGAAGCUGCAGUUUUUAACAAGUACGUGCAGCCGAUUCCUCUGGUAUCCAGCUGUGCAGUAGCAGGACAGAAGUGCUUGGUGUCUGGAUGGGGAAACACAGGAGAGGACUAUGCGUCCGUGCUACAGUGCCUGAAUUUGCCUGUGAUCGCACACUCAACAUGCCAGAAUGCUUAUGGAUCCAAAAUUACAGAUAACAUGUUCUGUGCUGGGUACAUGGAAGGGGACAAAGACUCAUGCCAGGGUGACUCAGGUGGUCCUGUGGUAUGUAACGGAAAGCUGCAGGGUGUUGUGUCCUGGGGGUAUGGAUGUGCUGAGCCUGGCUUUCCUGGUGUUUAUGCUGAAGUCUGUCGCUACAUUGACUGGGUUGAUACUAUUAUAGCUACCAACUAAAGUGGAAAUUGGAUCUGAAUAAACAAGCUUGUAAUUA